CCUAUUUCGAUUCAGUUACAGAAAGACUUUCAAAGUGUAGGGAUCGGAUUUAAAAAAAAAAUUUUAAUCCGAAAAAUGGACGGAAAAAAUAAAAACUUCGGUCGUUUUUUGCAGUGUCAGGGGGAGGGUGACUCGGAUCGUUCGAUAGACUCUAGCCGCAUCCAAGAGCCUCCCUUCGACCUGAGGGAUAGGUCCUCUCGCGGGUUGGGUGCCGUACUCAACUCGACUGGACUCUUUACCGCCGGUAGUCACGUCUGGCCGUCGGUCUUUGUGCCACCGCCGCAGCAGCCGCCACUCGCACGCCACCCAGCCGCCGCGCCUCGCAGAAGCCACGAAGAGAAGGUUGCUCAGGGACAGAUCAUCAAGCUACUGGCCGUCCAGGAGAAGACUCGCACGCUGGUCCGCAGCAUCAGCAAGCAGCUGCCCACCGCGGACCAUCGCCGGCUAUUCCACGAGGAUGUGGUCCGCCAGCAGCUUCACAUGGAGCGUCAGCACCAGUCGCUGCUCAAACAGCGACUGCUCUCGGUGAAACGGGCCAACUCCGGCACGGUCAUGCGUCAGUAUGCCCCCAUACGUAGACACUAUCCAUGGCCGCCUAUGACGCAGGAGGACGUUGCCUCUUUGGAGGCUCGUUUGGUUGCGGACUUGGCCAAGCUGUCGUUGACCACUAAGCCGGGCACUGCUUCGCAGGCUGCUGCUGCCACUGCCCAGACAGAAGCCACCCGGAUGAGCCUGGAUGAGAAGACACCCGGGAACUCCGACUCCAGCGAAUAGCAAAACAAGAAUUACGACACUUCAAGAAGACACUAACACAGAAGUCUCUCCAAGCCGAUCCUCGAAGGAGCUUUCGCCUUAGGGAAAGAUUUCGCUUAUCUGCACAGCUACAGGAAAUGAAAGAAGGGGUUCUUUCCAAGACAAGAAAUACUAAACAUACUAAAGAAGAAGAUACACUCACAGCAAAUACCAAGGAAAGAAAGCGAAAUCUUUCCCUACGAAAACAUUUAAGGAUUUCGAUGCCCAACACUACCUAGAGACACCCACAAAGGACACGUGGGGCAUAAUGAGGAGAAGAGCUGCCAUUCCCCCCACCCGACAAAGCGCACACAAUGAACCCGGAACUUUAUUAUUUCUUAUCGUCAUCGAAAUCCUUAAAGACGUCUAAAUUGGGACGAUAAAAAAAGCGAACGGAAACUGGAGAGAGAAACACACGCACACCCAUACACAGAGGAAAACAAGAAAUUUGCUGACUUUGGGGGGAGGAAAAAAAAACCAAGUGCAAACGAAACCGGGCCGAAACCGAGGCGAGGAUUUCGAAAGGACUUCAAGAGAACGCACCGCGUGGGUGCCCAAUUCUUCCGAAUGAACAGUCCCGGAGAACGACGAAGGGCGACGAAGGUUUAUGCAGACCCUAACCAAAAAAAAUUUGUAUGUAUGCGUACACAAGCCGAGACUCCCAGAGACAGACAACAACAAAACUAAAGAAAUAAAAAACCCGAGUAAAGAACCCCAAAA